AUGUCUUUAAAGAAAUGGCCCUGGUCUGAAGAUUUCCAAAAGAUCCCGGGACUUGGGAAUGUAUUGAAUGAUGAACAGCUAACAUCUAAUCGAAAACAUAUUAGUGUUUCAGACAGAACGAACGGAGAUGAGAAUUCAAAUAAGCGUUUUAAAACCGAGAAUACAGACCCUAAACAAAGCCUAACUGCAAAUAAAACAGAUGAUUCCAAGGAGAGCAAACUUAUGCUUAAUGCGUUGCUAGAACAACAAAAACGACUUUGGGAUUGCUUUGAAGAAUGGAGAAAUCAAACAUCCAAAAAGAGCGAUAGCAACAUAAAUACCACAGCCGUCAAUUCUAUGUUAGGGAGUAACAUGACUUCUAUGGGCGGACCAUCAAUAACGACAAAUGGGCUGUCUAGUUUCCAACUGGACUUUCAAAAUAAAUCUAAAGACCUGUCUGAUUCUUCCUUACAUAUUGUGCCCGCUAAGUUAGCAGGAAGUAACGCUAUCCAUAAGAACGGACUGUAUAAACAACUGAAGGAUAAUAUUCGUUCUCUGGAGCAAGAAAGGCAAAAUCUUAAUGAAGUGUCAGAAGGGCGUAUACGAAAGUUUCAAAGGGAGCUUCAAAGUCUUAGACUUGAACAUCAAGACUUGAUUUCUGAAAAAGAGAAUGAGGAAACCCACCUCAAAGAGCUAGAACUAACUUUGGCAAAAAAGAAAAGAAGCGCAGCUAUCUUGGAAAAAGACAAGCUAAGUUUAGUGUCCCAGCAUGAGGAAACAUGUCUUCAUUUAAGAGACAUAUGUUCGCUCUACUUAGGCGACGAUAUUGGUAGGAGACUUUUGCUUAAACUUCAAAACGAACUGAAAAAGGAGAGGUUGAAUCUUCUGAAACAAAAUUUGAAAUAUCAUGACCAUGACGGUAAAAUCUACUUGUCCUAUAUGAAAAUUAAAGAACGUUUAGCAAACUUUAAAUCAAAUGAUAAACAUGCCUCAAUUUCGACUCAAAGCAAUGAUGAAAAUUCUAAUGAAAACCUUCUUCCAGCGAAACUACGACCUAAUGAAAUUAAUCUAAUCCUGUAUCAACUGAAGACCCAAGGAGACUCAAUUGGAGCAAAACACCAUCAAAUAAACCAGUUGCUGGAUUCAACUGACGUUAUGCUUGAUGAGAUUACAGGAAAAUCAUCUGCCAGUGCGCAUAAGCUUAGCAGCAUUUGCAACAGUUUGGUCGACCACUGUCAUCAAUUAGCUGAAUAUGGACAUGAAAGAACGGAAUAUGAAGAACGUGUCGCUAACAAGAACAAAAUUUUAGCUGAAAAAAAUAGAAGAUUCUAUAAAUUUCAGAAUGACGUUGAAGAAAGCUCCUUGAGUCCUGCAAGCUCCUAUAGUUCUGGCUCUGAUACACCCACUAGUUUUCGAAGCACUAGUAAAGUCGAGCCGUACAUAUUACGUUACUUGGCGAGCGUUUCGCCAUUUAGAGAAGACGAAAGGACCUGGCAUAUCAUCGAAAACAGAUAUCGAAAACUUACAAAUAGGAGGGUAGAGCCACUAGAUUCAAGGGGUCCUUUAUCUGGUUUACCGGCUUCAAUCGUUAGUUGUAAGGAAAGCGCACCGCGAAAUAUCACACUUCUAUACAUACAUAUCACAAUAAGAGAAACGAACAAGGUUAUUUGGAUAUCUGAAGUUCAGUGUGACGGAGUUGUCCGUGGUGUUGGACAUCACAUCAAAAAGGGUUCGGCUAUGCAAAUAGCAGCAACUCAAGCAGCUCAAUGUUACGAGAAUAUGGACGAAGCAUCCAUUAUGUCAAAAGGCUUCAAUGAUUCCGAGGUUUUAAAAGAAAUAUUUUUAGGUCGUCCUGGCUUAAGCUCAGUAAACAAUAAUUCUCACAACCAUGGUAUGAAAAUGAAUAAUUCUAAUACGGAAUCAAGAAACCAUUAUUUUCAAAGGGGAAGCGACAAUAGACGUCCAUAUUUCAAACCUAGUCGAAGCCGCAGUACACCUUACUUAUGAAGUGAAACUAAAUGAAAGCUCGCAGAAAGUUAUUUUAAAUAUGAUAUAAGAUAAUGAUAUUUUAUUCACUAAUUUUAAGAAAUUUUUUACACUUUUAC